UCAGCAGGCCCCAGCAAGCCAGGAAAGAGGAAGCAGGCAGAGUUCUAUGCAGCAGCAGCAGACCCUCUGCCCAGACCAUCCAGAACAGCUAUUGCUAGAUAAUAUUUCUAAAAGUGCUGUUGGACUGAUGUGAUGCAAGAACAGAAGCAACAUGAAAUGGAAACGCUAUUCUUUUACUGUCGUGGUAGCUGUACUCAGCCUGUCCAGGAUCCAUCAGUUACUGGGUCAGCUUAUUCCAGACUCUGAUGACCUAGAGAGGGGGAACGACAACGGAACACCACUUCCCACCUCAGAUAAUGAGGACAAUUCGCUGGGCUACACAGGUUCUCGUCUUCGCCAAGAGGAUUUCCCACCUCGAAUUGUUGAACAUCCUUCGGAUCUUAUUGUUUCUAAAGGAGAACCAGCAACUUUGAACUGCAAGGCUGAAGGCAGGCCAGUGCCAACUAUUGAGUGGUAUAAAGGAGGAGAAAGGGUUGAAACUGACAAAGAUGAUCCUCGCUCUCAUCGGAUGCUGUUGCCAAGUGGAUCUUUAUUUUUUUUACGCAUUGUUCAUGGCCGCAAAAGUAGACCUGAUGAAGGAGUCUAUAUCUGUGUAGCGAGGAAUUACCUUGGUGAAGCUGUGAGCCAUAAUGCAUCACUGGAAGUAGCAAUACUGCGUGAUGACUUCAGACAAAAUCCUUCCGAUGUCAUGGUCGCAGUAGGUGAACCAGCUGUGAUGGAAUGUCAGCCUCCAAGAGGCCAUCCUGAGCCUACAAUUUCAUGGAAAAAGGAUGGAUCUUCCCUGGAUGAUAAAGAUGAAAGAAUUACAAUCAGAGGAGGAAAGCUGAUGAUCACCUAUACCAGGAAGAAUGAUGCUGGCAAAUAUGUCUGUGUUGGAACAAACAUGGUUGGAGAAAGAGAAAGUGAAGUUGCAGAGCUCACAGUUUUAGAAAGACCAUCAUUUGUGAAGAGACCAAGCAAUCUGGCAGUAACUGUUGAUGACAGUGCAGAAUUUAAGUGUGAGGCACGUGGUGAUCCAGUGCCCACAGUAAGAUGGCGCAAGGAUGAUGGAGAACUCCCUAAAGCAAGAUAUGAAAUCCGUGAUGACCACACACUGAAAAUCCGAAAAGUUAUGGCAGGGGACAUGGGUUCUUAUACCUGUGUUGCAGAAAAUAUGGUUGGAAAAGCAGAAGCAUCAGCAACUCUAACAGUUCAAGAGCCACCACACUUUGUUGUGAAACCUCGUGACCAGGUGGCUGCAUUGGGCAGAACAGUGACUUUUCAGUGCGAAGCAACUGGAAACCCUCAACCAGCAAUAUUUUGGCGCAGAGAAGGAAGUCAGAACCUGCUUUUUUCAUAUCAACCUCCUCAGUCUUCCAGCCGGUUUUCUGUCUCACAAACUGGUGAUCUUACUAUUACAAAUGUCCAGCGAUCUGAUGUUGGAUAUUAUAUCUGCCAGACUUUAAAUGUUGCAGGAAGCAUCACAACAAAAGCAUACUUGGAGGUUACUGAUGUGAUCGCAGACCGGCCUCCUCCUGUCAUCCGACAGGGUCCUGUGAAUCAGACUGUGGCUGUGGAUAGUACUUUAGUACUCAGCUGUGUGGCUGCAGGCACUCUGAUGCCCACGAUUCUCUGGAGAAAAGAUGGCAUCCUCAUCUCCUCACAGGACUCCCGAAUCAAACAGCUAGAAACUGGCACGUUACAGAUUCGAUACGCCAAGCUGGGUGACACAGGUCGGUACACCUGCAUUGCCUCAACCCCAAGCGGUGAAGCAUCAUGGAGUGCUUACAUUGAAGUCCAAGAAUUUGGAGUUCCAGUGCAACCACCAAGACCCACAGAUCCAAAUUUGAUUCCCAGUGCACCAUCAAAACCUGAGGUUACUGAUGUUAGCAGAAAUACAGUAACACUGUCAUGGAAACCUAAUUUGAAUUCAGGUGCAACUCCAACAUCUUAUAUAAUAGAAGCCUUCAGCCAUGGAGCUGGCAGCAGCUGGCAAACCGUAGCUGAAAACGUAAAAACAGAAACGUUUGCAGUUAAAGGACUGAAACCAAAUGCAAUUUAUCUCUUCCUUGUCCGGGCAGCCAAUGCAUAUGGAAUUAGUGAUCCCAGCCAGAUAUCUGACCCUGUUAAAACACAAGAUGUUCCACCUACAAGUCAGGGUGUGGACCACAAACAAGUACAAAGGGAGCUGGGUGAUGUUGUUCUGCAUCUCCAUAACCCCACAAUCCUUUCUUCUUCCUCAAUUGAAGUUCACUGGACAGUUGACCAACAAUCCCAGUAUAUUCAGGGAUAUAAAAUUCUGUACAGGCCAACAACCCCUUCUCAUGUGGAAUCUGAGUGGCUGAUAUUCGAAGUGAGGGCUCCAACAAAAAACAGCGUUGUCAUUCCUGAGCUGAAGAAAGGAGUAAACUAUGAAAUUAAGGCUCGACCCUUUUUUAAUGAAUUUCAAGGUGCUGAUAGUGAAGUGAAAUUUGCCAAAACUCUAGAAGAAGCUCCAAGUGCUCCUCCUCAAAGUGUUUCAGUAACCAAGAAUGAUGGAAAUGGCACUGCAAUUGUAAUAACUUGGCAGCCUCCACCAGAAGAGACACAGAAUGGAAUGGUCCAGGAAUACAAGGUUUGGUGCCUUGGGAAUGAAAGUCGGUAUCACAUCAAUAAGACAGUAGAUGGUUCCACAUUUUCUGUAGUAAUUCCAUCUAUAGUUCCUGGUAUUCGAUAUAGUGUGGAAGUGGCAGCAAGUACUGGAGCUGGAGCUGGAGUGAAAAGUGAGCCACAGUUUAUUCAGUUAGAUUCUCAUGGAAACCCAGUGUCCCCAGAAGACCAAGUCAGUUUAGCCCAACAGAUUUCAGAUGUUGUAAAGCAGCCAGCAUUUAUUGCUGGAAUAGGUGCUGCCUGUUGGAUUAUCCUUAUGCUUUUCAGCAUCUGGUUGUACCGCCACCGGAAGAAGAGAAAUGGACUCGCUAGUACUUAUGCUGGUAUCAGAAAAGUCCCGUCUUUUACCUUCACACCAACAGUAACAUAUCAAAGAGGAGGAGAAGCCGUAAGCAGUGGAGGCAGGCCAGGUCUUUUAAACAUCAAUGAACCUGCUGCUCAGCCAUGGCUUGCAGAUACAUGGCCUAACACCGGGAACAAUCACAAUGACUGCUCCAUCAACUGCUGCACAUCAGGCAAUGGAAACAGUGAUAGCAACCUUACUACAUAUAGUCGACCAGCUGAUUGUAUAGCAAAUUACAACAAUCAGCUAGAGAACAAGCAAACAAACCUGAUGUUGCCUGAGUCAACAGUUUAUGGUGACGUGGACCUAAGCAACAAAAUCAAUGAGAUGAAGACUUUCAAUAGCCCAAAUUUAAAAGAUGGAAGAUUUGUCAGCCAACCAGGGCAGCCUACACCUUAUGCCACCACACAGCUCAUUCAGUCAAAUAUCAGCAAUAAUGUUAACAGUGGCAGUGGAGAUUCAAAUGAAAAACACUGGAAGCCUUCUGCACAACAGAAACAAGAGGCGGCACCUGUUCAAUACAACAUUAUGGAACAGAACAAAUUAAACAAAGAUUACCGAGUAAAUGAUAAUGCUCCAACUAUCCCAUACAAUCAGACAUAUGAUCAGAAUACAGGAGGGUCCUACAACAGUUCAGAUAGAGGAAGCAGUACGUCUGGGAGUCAAGGGCACAAGAAAGGUGCUAGAACACCCAAGGCAUCAAAGCAGGGUGGCAUGAACUGGGCAGACCUACUUCCACCUCCCCCUGUACAUCCUCCCCCCCAUAGUAAUAGUGAAGAUUACAGCCUAUCUGUAAAUGAAAGCUAUGACCAGGAAAUCCCAUGGGUGCCACCAGCAAGAAUGUUUCUACAGCAGGAUGACCUGGAAGAAGAGGAAGAAGAUGAACGAGGUCCCACACCUCCAGUUCGGGGAGCGGCUUCAUCUCCAGCAGCAGUGUCCUAUAGUCAUCAGUCUACUGCCACACUCACUCCUUCCCCACAAGAAGAACUCCAGCCUAUGCUGCAAGAUUGCCAGGAGGAAAUAGGCCACUUGCAGCAUCCACAAGAUCGGAGGCGUCAACCUGUGAGUCCUCCACCACCUCCAAGGCCUAUCUCUCCACCACAUACGUACGGUUACAUUUCAGGACCUCUUGUAUCUGACAUGGAUACUGAUGCACCAGAAGAGGAGGAGGAUGAAGCGGACAUUGAAGUUGCCAAGAUGCAAACCAGAAGACUAGUUUUGCGUGGCCUUGAGCAGACACCUGCCUCAAGUGUGGGAGAUCUGGAGAGCUCUGUCACAGGUUCCAUGAUCAAUGGCUGGGGUUCAGCUUCAGAAGAUGACAACAUCUCAAGUGGACGGUCUAGCGUUAGCUCUUCUGAUGGAUCCUUUUUUACAGAUGCGGAUUUUGCACAGGCUGUUGCUGCUGCUGCAGAAUAUGCUGGUCUUAAAGUAGCAAGGCGUCAAAUGCAGGAUGCUGUGGGAGGCCGUAGACAUUAUCACGCCUCACAUUGUCCUAGACCCACUAGUCCCGUAUCUACUGACAGCAACAUGAGUGCUGCUGUAAUACAGAAGGUCCGACCUGCCAAAAAGCAAAAGCACCAGCAAGGUCAUCUGCGCAGAGAAGUCUACACAGAUGACCUACCACCCCCACCAGUGCCACCUCCUGCUAUAAAGUCUCCCACUGCCCAGUCCAAAUCUCAACUGGAGGUACGGCCUGUUAUGUUGCCAAAGCUUUCUUCCAUAGACCCAAGAACAGAAAGGGCAGUGGAAAGAAAAGGAACAGGCUAUAAGGGGAAAGAAGGAGUUGAUAGCCGCCAGCAUUCUGAUGUGCGGACAAGUUCAGGGGAGCGCCGAGAAUCAUAUGAACAGCAAAGUGAUAGCAAACUGAGAGGAAACAAAGCAACAAGGCGAGAUGGUACACCAGCAAAAACACAUCUUCUCCAAGAAGAUAUUCUGCCAUAUUGUAGACCUACAUUUCCAACAUCAAAUAACACUAGAGAUCCUAGUUCCUCAAGCUCCAUGUCCUCAAGAGGAUCAGGGGGUAGACAAAGAGCAGAACAAGCAAAUUUAGGUCGAAGGAAUGUUGCAGAAAUGCAGGUAUUUGGAACUUAUGAGCAAGGAGAGGAUGAAGAAGAAGAAUUACAGGAAACUGAAAGCUGAAGAAGAGAUGUACUGUAACACAUUUUUGAAAUCUAAUCAGAAAGAUAUCACUUAAGAUGCCUCAAGUCUGAUGAUAUUUGAUGCCAGAAAUAAUGUUCAGUGCAAUCAGAGUGUACAAUUCCUCAUUUUUUCCAUGCUAUCAGAAUACUAAUCUUUAUUUUAAUGUUUCUUUUUUUAAAAAAAAACCCAUUAUAAUGAACAUUGCCUAUUUAUCCCCUUAGGCUAAAUAUAGCACAUUUUCUCUGUCCAUGAGAGCAAUUAGACUGCUCUCUGUGGUGCUAUGCUAGCUGUUGCUUCCAUCAUUGGGCAGAAGGGGGAGUCCACUUGGGGGCAAUGCAGUUCAAAACAGAAAUGUUACCAAGCCAGCUCAUAAUUCUAUGUGUAGACUAUCAUCGACUAAGUUCUAAAGAAUGAUAUCUAUGCAGACGUUUUUCUAACCUUGCAAUGUUGUUAUAGGCUGCACUUGGUGCAAAUGGCAUUGCAUAUUCUUCCAGCAGUCAGAGCCCUUUUCAGCCAAAAUACAGCUCCAUGCAAUUUGGGUUAGGGUUGCUCAUAUUGUAAAUACAUAUUCAUUUUUCAAACCUCCGUAGUACUUUAAUUUGUCUAGACUCUAUCUCGUUUAAUCAUGAAGGUACAUUCUUUACUGCAGAUGUUCUUUAGGAUAGGAAGAAGGCAUGUCAGUGAGAACUUGGCAGUUAUGUCAUGAGUUAAGUUGUUUAAAAAGUUGUUGGCCUCAACCAGCACUCCUAAAAACAUAAAUCAAGAAAGCAAUGGACAUUUUUUAAAGCAUCACUGGGAAAGGACAUCGUCGUCAUGACUGGCCCAAAUCUCAGACCUCUACUUUAUAGUGUCAAUUCACCUUAAAGAAGAAGUGCCACUUAAAGAAGUUAUGUUUGAUCUUGGGGUUUUUUUGCGGGGGGAGGGUGGUUGUUUUUGAUGUUUUUGUAAUGCACUGUUUAUCUUCUUCUUUUUUUUUUUUUGGUUUUAAAAGCACAAUCACUAAACUUUAUUUGUAAAACAUUGUAACUAUUAACCAUUUUUUGUCUUAUUGUAAGAUGUUAAGCUUUUGUUUGUCCCCUCCCCCCCCCAUUUUGUUAAUGCUCUAUCUUUGUAUUGGGGAUAUUUGAAUGCUUACAGAUGGUAAAGGUAAGGAAACCUAAGAAUGGGCCAUAAACAGAACACUUUUCCUGUUUCCCAGACUUUAAAUUUUCAAGUUUGCUGUGGCCUAUGUCUUGACAUUGGAUUUCCACUGAAACUGAAAUAGAGCCAUUAGGUUUUGGUUUUUGGUUUUUGAAAUUACAGAACGAUGUCCUUUGUCUGUAGAUUUUUAUGAUCUGUUUUGUAAUUAUAUAAUUUCUUUGUCAUUGGUGCUAAUGGAAAAUUGUGUGUUUGUUUAUGGACAAUUAUCAGGCCUAGCCUCAGCGGGGGAAGGAAAAAAGGAGUGUUUUGUUAUUUACUGAGGGCUAAAAAAUUUCAUUUCACUAAUUUUUAAGAAAUGGUUACACUAGAAAGGGUGUGCAGUACUGAGGGAACAAUCCAUGUGAUUAAUGUUUUUCAUUAUGUUCAUGUAAGAAACCUCAUAUUUUAGCCAUAAUUUUGCAUACCGAGGAUUCAAUAAUCAUAAAAGUAAUUUUUGUCACAUUAUUUAUUAAAAACGUUCUCAAAUACAUCA